AUGGAGGGAGGGAUUCAUACAGGGACGACAGAUGCCUCUGCUUUUAGAGACUGCUUCUCUUUAUCCUGGAAGAACCCUUAUGUUCUUCGCCUUGCUUUCUCUGCUGGGAUUGGUGGCCUUCUCUUUGGAUAUGACACAGGAGUCAUAUCUGGUGCUCUUCUUUACAUCAGAGAUGACUUCAAGUCUGUGGAUAGAGAAACUGUAUUACAGGAGAGCAUUGUGAGCAUGGCAGUUGCCGGAGCAAUCAUAGGAGCAGCCAUUGGUGGAUGGGCGAAUGACCGAUAUGGAAGGAGAAGUGCAAUCCUCAUAGCAGACUUCCUAUUCUUCAUUGGGGCUGUUAUCAUGGCUUCUGCUCCUAGCCCAGCUCCUCUCAUCGUUGGUAGAGUUUUUGUUGGACUUGGUGUUGGAAUGGCAUCCAUGACUGCCCCUCUCUACAUUUCAGAGGCUUCUCCGGCUAAAAUCCGAGGUGCCCUUGUCAGUACCAAUGGAUUUCUCAUUACUGGCGGCCAGUUCCUCUCUUAUCUCGUCAACUUGGCUUUUACCAAGGCACCAGGAACAUGGCGGUGGAUGCUUGGGGUUGCAGGACUUCCAGCUCUGCUGCAGUUCAUCCUAAUGCUUCUUCUUCCAGAAUCCCCCCGCUGGCUAUUUCGCAAGGGAAGGGAAGAACAAGCCAAAGCCAUACUAAGGAAAAUAUAUCCAGCUGAUGACGUUGAAACAGAAAUCCAGGAUCUAAAGGAAUCAGUAGACAAAGAACUUCAGGAAGAAGGGAGUUCUGAGAAGAUCAAUUUCAUCAAACUAUUGCAAACCAAAACGGUGAGAAGAGGACUCAUUGCAGGUGUUGGCCUUCAGGUUUUCCAGCAGUUUGUGGGCAUUAACACAGUCAUGUAUUACAGUCCUACCAUCGUUCAGUUCGCUGGUUUUGCAUCUAACCAAACUGCACUCCUUCUCUCACUUGUCACUGCUGGACUCAAUGCCUUUGGCUCUAUCGUGAGCAUAUACUUCAUUGACAGGACAGGAAGGAAGAAACUUCUAAUAAUCAGUUUGGUUGGUGUCGUAAUUUCCCUUGGUCUUUUAUCAGGAAUUUUCCAUGAGACUACGACACACUCACCUCUGGUUGCAGCAAGUGAAUCGCGCUUUGCUGCCUACACCUGCCCAGAUUACAGUUCAGCCACACAUGCUGGUGCUUGGGACUGCAUGAAAUGUUUGAAGGCUUCACAUCCAGAUUGCGGGUUCUGUUCUUCAGCUUCUGAUAAGCUACUGCCAGGUUCAUGUUUAAUCUCAAAUGACACAGUCAAGGAUCUUUGCCACAACAACAAUAGGGAAUGGUACACAAGGGGAUGUCCAAGCAAGUACGGAUGGGUUGCACUAAUUGGCCUGGCACUCUACAUCAUAUCCUUCUCUCCAGGAAUGGGUACUGUCCCAUGGAUUGUCAAUUCUGAGAUCUACCCUUUGAGGUUCAGAGGGGUCUGUGGAGGGAUAGCUGCCACUGCAAACUGGAUUUCAAAUCUCAUCGUUGCCCAGUCCUUCCUGUCAUUAACACAAGCUAUUGGGACGUCCUGGACAUUUCUAAUUUUUGGGGUCAUAUCUGUUGUGGCUUUGAUCUUCGUCCUAAUCUAUGUACCAGAAACAAAGGGGCUUCCAAUCGAGGAGGUUGAGAAGAUGUUGGAGCUUAGAACCCUGCACUACAAGUUCUGGGAGAAGACUUCUGACCCAUUAGAGAAGAAUCAAGAAGUGUGA